AUCUUAGCAAAUAAUUGGAAGUAUAGUUUGCUUUGACAAGAUUUUCCUUUUGGUAUGGUGUAGCAACAGUACGGUAAAGACAGUGAGUUGGGUUUUUCUCUUUGGAGAUUUUUAAAGAUCAAAACUUUUGGGGUGUCAAAAAUUUGAUGGUUUCUUUAGCUUCGUCUCAAACUCUUGAAAUUUGUAAAGAUGUAGCUGGAAUCGCCGGGAAUAUAUUUGCUUUUGGAUUGUUUCUGUCUCCAAUACCUACAUUCAGGAGAGUAAUCAGAAAUCAAUCAACCGAACAGUUCUCGGGGUUGCCAUACUAUAGUAACGUAUAUGGGCUAUUGAACUACUUGAUCUGUGCCUGGUAUGGCACGCCUCUCAUAUCUCCUGACAAUUUGUUGGUUACAACCGUCAAUUCAGUUGGUGCUGUUUUUCAACUUGCCUAUAUUGUACUUUUUGUGAUGUCUAUAGAGAAAGAGAAAAAGUUCAGGAUGCUGGGAUGGAUACUCACAGUCUUUGGCCUAUUCUCAAUUAUUGUAAUUGGAAGCUUGCUUAUAGUUGACCUUCAACUCCGACGCAUCAUCAUGGGCUCCCUGAGUUGUGCUUCCCUCAUAUCAAUGUUUGCUUCCCCACUCUUUAUUAUUAAUCUGGUGAUCAGGACCAGGAGCGUCGAAUUCAUGCCGUUUUACCUAUCCCUCUCUACCUUCCUAAUGAGUGCCUCUUUCUUUUUGUAUGGAACUUUCAGUUUCGAUCCUUUUAUAUAUGUACCAAAUGGCAUAGGAACAGUUUUAGGAGUUGUACAAUUGCUUUUAUUUGCAUAUUACAGAAAUUCUUCAAGAGGAGACUUUACUGAAGGCUUUAUAGUGUCUUAUUAGUGAACUUCUCAGAAAAAAAUUAAAAAGAAAAUAGUGUCUUAUCCGUGAAACAACACCUUUGGGGGAAAGGUGAGAAUAAGCGCGCACUAGGUCGCGUGGAGAAUGAUGAGAAUGCCAAGCUCAAGGUGAUGGCAGUUUCCUAGUCAUUGAACGCCUUAAACUAUACCUGGUUCCUAAAUAGUACAGUAUCUGUUUUCUGCAUAUAUUCUGCAAAGUUGAAAUAGGAGAACUUUGUGGAUCUGCAAUGCAUGUUUUUAUAUUGUUCCUGUUUUCCUUUUUUAAACUCAUUCUUCUGAUAUGGAUGGAAUGAAAACUUAGAAUUACUUCAGAAACAAUGUAAUUGAACGUAGCACAUAUAAUUGUGAUUAAAUUUGCACA